AGCCAUUUUGGCAAGGCGGUCCUUGGCUGAAGCCUUAGGGUCCACUGGACUCCUGCCCUCAGGCCUGGACUCAACCGACAGGUAGCCCAGUCACAAUGUCGGAGGGCUAUCGCAACCAGACUCGCAAUUGCAUCCUCCAGAAGGACGACGUGGGCAGGGCAAAGAGGUCAACGUAUGACCUGCCUGAUGACAACCACGCGUUCGGCCGUGCCGAGCAGCCAGACAUGGAGGGAGCCGGCGAGGUCACGAUGAACUGGGCGGCGCACGUGCCGAGCUCGAAGCAGGGCCCGGAUCAGCGGGACUUCCUCAGGAUCAACAAGAAGGCCGCAGGAUCCAAAGUGACAAGCGCCAGGGACCUGAGAGAGUUCACCAAGAUGAACGACAUCAAAGUUGCCCCAACGGGGCCCAGCGGCGUGCUCCCGAAGAUCAUCCCCUCCGAUGUGAUCCCCAGCUUCGCGUACGGCGUGAAGGCCCGCCCCUCGACGCCGAUCCACCAGGUGCUGAACGGCGACUACGAGGCCGCGGAGAACAACCGCCUGGAGGCUCUCUACAGGCAGCGGGAAGACGCCCUCGAGGCGCGCCAGAAGAAGCACAAGGUCCAGAUGACGAAGUCCGCGAAGGCCCAGAUCGAGAACGCCCGGGCCUUGAAGACAGCGGAGGGCGCGCCAGACCCGCCGGCCCCUUUCAAGAUGAACAAGUACAAGAACGUCAGCUCCAAGCUGAACCUGGCGCCCCUGGGGAAGUCGGCCUCCACGCCCGCCCUGUGAGGCCAGCGGGGCUGCGCGGCAGCGUAUGCGGUGAGCCCGGAGACUCGGACAUGGUCCAGGCAGGGGCCAUCGGCACGCGGAUUGAGGAGCGGAGGAGGAGGAGGAGGCGGAGGAGGAGCAGGAUGAGCAGUUAUAUGAGGAAGCGCUUCGCGUGACCUCUGCGACAGACUAAGCAUCGUCCCUGGGUGGCACGUCGGCGGUUUGCGGCGGGCCGUUCCCAGGGACCUCCCACUGCGAGCUGCCCAGGCACGGCCGUUGCGCUCGGGCGCGCACUCCCUACCCCGCAGGCCUGCGUAGCAGACUUGCGGCACCUGCUCCUAGACUCUGACCCGCCCUUGUAUGUGCCUUUGUGAGGCUGCACGAUGAAGUGUGCUCCCCUUCC